AUGGCUUCCGGAGACGGCCCGGCUCUGGCUCAUAGGAGUGUCUCCAACAUAAGAACUGCUCAAGGCCAACAGCCGACGCCCUCAACACCACAUACACCGCCGCGUGCCAUUCCAGGUUCCUACGGCUCCCCGGCCACCGUUCGCGCCGACGAUGAUUUUCUACUCAUUGAAAUCGGCUCCCGUAAUAUCCGCGUAGGCUUUGCCGGCGACAGCGUUCCGAAAGCAGUGCUGUCAAGCGGGCCGCAAGACCAACGGCGUGCUGGUGACUUUAGGCAGUGGACCGAGUCGGAAGCGCUGAGAGAGUACUGGGCACCCGAGUAUGAGAUUUGGCGCUACGACCUGCGAGAUUUUAAUCUUGGCUUAUUCCAAGAUAAGCUUGAGAGAAUGCUCCGUGAUGCAUUCACGCGACAUUUGCUCAUUGACUCGCGGCCGCGAAGAGCUGGCCUAGUCUUGGACUCUGCAGUGCCUAUACCGCUUCUGUCAUCUGUCCUUGAUAUUCUAUUCACAAAAUUCCAAGCGCCUUUGGUGUCGUUGCUGGCCGCUCCGACCAUGACGGCGGUGGCGGCUGGCAUGCGCUCAGCGCUGGUGAUUGACAUGGGCUGGUCCGAAACCGUUGUCACCAGCGUUUAUGAAUACCGCGAGGUCAAGUGUACCCGCAGCAUAAGAGCAGGAAAGAGUCUUCUGAACAAAACAUACAAACUACUACACAACAUCAUCACCGGAAAAGAAGACGAAGAAGAAUUGCGAGAAGCCAAUCAUGUCAUCUCCUUUUCCGAAUGCCAAGAUAUCAUGUGUCGACUCAUGUGGUGCCGAGGCGCCGCCAAUAGAUCAACGCAAAGGCAGUCGACACAGCUGGAUACUGUGGUAGAACAGGACGAAACAGAAGCAGCUGCAUCACAUGUUCGAGGAGAGGCUAGGGUUCCAUUGCAGUCGACAUCUCAGCCAAAGACUAUUCAAGUCUCGUUUGAGAAACUGGCGGAUCUUUGUGACGACGCCAUGUUCGACUCAUCUGCUAAUCCAUCCUCUUUUGACGAUCACGAACUCCCUCUGCAUUGGCUUGUGUAUCAACAUCUACUCCAGCUACCACUCGAUGUCAGGGCUGUUUGCAUGUCCCGCAUCAUGUUCACUGGUGGCUGUUCAAAUAUUCUGGGCAUCAAGGAAAGGCUUGUUAAUGAAGUGUCCAGCAUCGUUGAUAAGCGUGGAUGGACUCCAGUCACCGGAAAGGGCGUUGAUCGUCUACGGAAUAGUGCGCAAAUUCGCCGCAGCAGCACAAUCUCACGAUCCGCCGAGUCUCCUGCCCCGUCGGAGUUGAGUGAUGAUAGCGAGCAAUUUCAAUCUCGGCCAAGCUCCAUCGCCACGCAGACUGAAGAGGAUGCAAUCGAGGCAAAGCUGGCCAGAAAUCGAAGAAUCUUGCCCCAGAUUCAGGGGCAGCUGCGCGUACUGCAUUCGCUAGGUCCUUGGGCUGGCGCCAGCCUGCUCUGCCAGCUCAAGAUUCCCGCCAUGGCAACCGUCGACAAAGAGCUCUGGCUGCAGCAGGGUGCUAGCGGCGCAUCGCGCGCCAGUGAUGUGGAUAUCAAAAUGCAGCAGAGGCAGAGCAUGGGAGCUGCUGGCCUGAUAAGAGCAGGCGGAGGCCAGCAUGUGAAUUGGACGUUGGGAACUUGGGGCUCGAUUUGA